UGAUUUUUGACUAGCGCAGGCCUCAGCUUCACCAGUCGGAUGUCCCUUCCCCACAAGAAUGAAGAGUAUGGUACCGAAGUGUACUGGGACAAGAGAUACGAGCAAGAAGCUGAGGAUGCCUCUUUUGACUGGUUCAAGACCUACGCGGAUGUUGCGCAUGACAUCCGCAAGUUCAUCCCCAGUAGAGAUGCACGCAUCCUAAUGCUCGGUUGUGGAAAUUCAAAGUUUUCAGAGGAUAUGUGGGAAGACGGGUACAAAAACAUUGUUAACGUUGAUUAUUCGCCCGUUGUGAUCGAGAAGAUGCGCAACCGGCACAAAGAUGCGCGCCCAGAGAUGACAUGGGAAGUGAAGGACGUCCGAACUCUAGACGGUCUAGAUGCCUCAUCCUUUGAUGUCGCCAUCGAUAAAGGAACAAUGGAUGCAAUGAUGACGUCUUCAACCGACGUCUGGGAUCCACCAGAGCAAGUAAUCAAAGACUGCACAGCAGAAGUAUCUCAAGUCAUACGUGUACUUAAGCGCAAUGGCAUCUUCAUCUACAUUACCUUCGGACAACCUCACUUCCGAAGACGAUAUCUCACUGGUCCUCAUAUAACACGAAAUACUUCACUUGAGAUCAACCAACUGGGAGAAUCUUUCCAUUAUUACAUGUAUACCCUGCGGAUGCUAUGAUGUUUCCUGAUUGAAGGAUUACAAAUCUAUCUGCUUGAUUAUAUUUCCCAUAUCAUCACGCCUAGAUACGGGAGAUGUGCUUAUAUGUACUGUACUGAGCGCUGAGCACCCACCUGCACCCACCCGCUACCGUGUCAACAAGUGCCAACAAUAGAUUAGAGUUGUCUUGAAUUAUGUAAGAUAUAAACCCCUA